AUGACUGUUGUUAUGAGUGAAAUAUCGAAGUACAAAGACUUUCAGUUACUUUUCAAGAAACUGAAGCAUCAACAACUGUUUAUGGCCUUUCGAAAUGAAAAUGGAUUAAAAUGCAGAAUGGACGACAAAUUUCUUCUCGGAUUUCUUCGUGCUAGAAAGUUUAAUCUAGAAAGAUCGCUUCAACUUCUGAAGAAUUAUUAUUCUAUAAGGGUGAAAUAUUCAUCCAUUUUUAAAAAUCUCUUUCCAUCGAAGCUGGAAAGUAUUUUACCUUUAAAUAUUACAAGAAUAUUGCCCAAACCUGAUCAACACGGGAGAAUUGUUAUUCUAACAGAAAUUGAACGAUGGAAUCCUUCAGAAGUGGACAUUUUAGAUGUAAACCGUGUUCUCAUUCUUUUAACAGAUUUAAUGUUAAAUUUACAUCGAACACAAGUGAAUGGAGUGGUUAUGAUUAUAAAUACUCAAGGAGCAAAUAUUCGACAUUUGUUGCAAUAUACACCAAGAUUUAUCAGCAAAGCAAUUGCUUUACUAAUUUUGAAUAUUCAUAGUGAAAUAACGACUCUGCAUAAAUUUGUUCAUCCAGAAUAUCUUCCAAUUGCCUAUGAAGGAGAAUUACUCGAUUUCGAUUCACUUGAAAUCAUUGAAAUAUUGAAACAAAACGAUUUCUUUCGACAAAACGAAGAAUAUGUGAAAAUGUAUGACGAAGAGGUCAAACGAAGAUUUACUGAAGGAACAUUUAAGUAUAUUGAUCAGGUUAAUGUGAAUUACGAAGACAAAGUAAUAAAAGAAGUACAGGAGGAAUUGAAUCGCAUUAAAGAGGAUCCAGAAAAUUAUGUAAUACAAUAUGAAAAAAAUGCUCUGCUGGAAGUCACACAUUUAUAA